AUGCCUCCCGCCCAAAAUACAAAAGACCAACAACAGCAACAACAGCAGCAGCAGCAACUACAACAACCCCCACAACAACAACAGGUUCAACAACCGCUGCAACAACCCCAGCAGCAACCUCAUCAGCCACAGCAACAAGCCCAGCAGCCUCCACCACAACAGCAGGCUCAGGUCCACGUAAUACCAAAUGGCCCACAGCCACUGAUCGGCGCCAUCCCAGCAGCACCGGUACAGACGUUCAACUUACAAGCAAAUGUGUCGCUGCCCAAAUUUGAUGGCACAACUGACGGCCGUCACUGGUGGAGCCUGUGGUCCCGUUACGCCAACGGCAUGGCGUGGACGAUCCAACAAAAACUCACGUGGUUUCCGCUUUUCCUCUUGGCGGCAGCGAGUACUUGGUAUGCCGGCCUGCCACAGCCAAACAAGGACGACGGAACCGCGCUCGAAGCGACGUUUAAGAAGCGGUUUACCCUUCAGCACAUAGAUCUUGGCCUUCUAAGUGAGCAGCAGGGAGAUGAAACGUGCACCGUCUACCUCGAAAAGAUGCGGCUCCACUUCACGGGUCACGACCUGCCUGAGACAUUUCUCCUCCCCUUGCUUAUUCGUGGCCUCCGUCCCGAGCUGAAGGCACAUGUAAUGCCGUCCAACCCGCGAACGUACGAGGAACUGCUCCGUGUGGCAAAAUUAGCAGAGCGGACUGUCAAGGAACUUCAACAGUGCUCCAUACGGACAAUCCAGACCCAACCGCAUAUCUCAUCUGUCGAAACUAAACUUGCCGCCCUCACUGAAGCCGUGCUGACACUGCAGCGUAACGCCCACCCACCACAACCACCGCAGGCCAACUACCAACGGCAGGACAACCAGGGUCCCAGUCAUCGGCCACCACAGCCAGAUCGCCCCAAUUAUCCAGCCCAGGACUCAAGGAACAGCAGACCCAUCACCAAACAACCAAUGAACAAUUCAUUCAGACAAGACAACAAUGGACGAUUCCACAACCGUCCAAACAACGGAGGAUCCUUACCGGAUUACAAGCUCGAUCAACCGUGCAGAGGAUUCUUCUGUGACGAGACCUCAACUCUCAUUCUCGGUCGACCAUUUCUCACUGACAACAAGGCUCACAUUGACUAUGACACCUCGACGCUGACUUUACAGAACGAAAUACAAGUUGAUCUAAUACAGGUCCCAACAGGACUGACGCGUGUUGCCAAAACUGUGAAACUCCCCCCUCGGAGUCAAACUACAAUACCUGUACAUGUCGACCAAAUUUACCAGAACCAACAUAUUUUGAUCGAACCGUGCGCAAACAUUGACAACAAUGGCGUCCUGGUCGCACGCUGUGUGUCAAAAAUACACAAUGGGAGGUCAAUGGUCACUAUUCUGAACCCGAACGACCACCCUGUUCGGAUCAGGUCAAACAAGGUCAUCGCCAUUGCGUCUGAUAUUUGUGAAGACUCCAUUCAAUCACUAGACGAAACGCCCCCGACGGUAAACACUGUCCGGACGCCUGAAGACGAAAGCGAGUAUGAAGAUUUCAUGCCCAACUUGCCCAUGCCCCAGGAUUACAAAACAGGUGAGUCUGAUCUCAACUUUGACCUCUCCCAAGCUGACCUUACUGAGUCUCAGAAAGUAGAACUUAGAGACUUUUUGAAGGAAUGGCGUAAUGUUUUUGCCACUGAUUUGUCUGAAAUAGGUCGAACACAUAUACAUGAGUAUAAGAUUGAAACCGAACCAGGAGCUAAACCGGUACGUAUGCCUUUUUAUCGCACAGGCCCAUUAGAGAAAGCUGAGAUUGAGAAGCAAGUUGCUGACAUGCUUAAACAUGACAUCAUUGAAGCCUCAACAAGUGAAUGGCACUCCCCAGUCAUCCUAUGUAAGAAGAAAAACAGCACUGAGUUCCGCUUUGCGAUUGACUAUCGUCGCUUGAACUCCAUAACUAGUCCACUCUCAACCAGUCUGCCGCGCCAAGAUGACAUCGCAGACAUGAUAGGUACCACUAAAGCCCAAGUUUUCUCCUCCCUUGACCUUUUUCACUCGUACUGGCAGGUUCCUUUACACCCAAGUAGUCGCCAUAAGGCUAGUUUUAUCACCCACCAGGGUAUUUUCACCCCAAAAGUUCUAAGUUUUGGCUUGAGGAAUAGCCCAGCCAUUUUCCAGCUGGUUGUGUCAGAAGCACUGCGUUCCAUGGCAUGGAUUGUUAUGCGGUAG